AUGCCGCCGGACCUCGGCCCCUUGCUCCAUGCGCCGCCCUACAAGGUGCCGCUGCCGCUGCCCAGCAGGGACGAGGCCAGCCGCCUGAUGGAUGUCUACUUCGGACACUGCGAGCUCUUUGCUCCUAUCAUCAUCAUGGACAGAAAGCUCCUUGAGGCCUGCCUCAAGCACCUCUAUCCCUUGGAGGCAGGCACGACAUUUGCCGUCUUCGCCACGGCCGAGCUUGUGCUCAGCUGGACGGAGCCGUCCUUCACCAUCUCGCGCGCCGAGGGCUACUACAAGACGGCGCUCGGGCUUACCGGCGAGCAUCUGGCACUGCUUGAAGGCGAGGGCAUCGCUCUGCUGACCAACAUGCUCCUCCUCAUACAGUACAACUCACUCGCUGCCAACAUGGUAGCCGUGGGCCACCUGCUCGGCCUCGCCGGAAGCAUGGCCGUCCGGCUCAACCUGCAACGACGAGCGCCGCCGCCCCGCGCCCGUCGUCACCCAAGGCCUCACGAGAAAGCAGCUGAACGACCGCCGGUGGCUCUUUUGGGCCGCUCUACACCCUUGAUCGCGACUUUUGCUGCGUCACCGGGCGGUCGUUUGCCAUCCCGGGCGAGGCCAUCAGCACGCCCCUGCCGGCCAUCGCCGAGGGCACAUCAAGGCCCAGAGGCUCCAGUCCAAAAUCCACGCCGCGUGGUCAUGGCCGUCACCGGCAGAAAUCUGGGCGGCAUGGCCAUCCUGCUGUACGCGGCCAGCGUCCCCAUCACGGGCCUGCUCUUGUGGAUCUACUGGAGGCACCAACAGCCAGCUGCCGUGCGGCCAGGUGCUAAGUCGUCAACGGCUACGAGGUCCAGUCCCCGGCGGACGCGGGGAAGCCCAGCCUUCCAACGCGACGACUAUCACUGA